UUUUUGGAGAAUUUGACAAUGAGAUGGACUUUACUACUCCUGUUUUGUUUGAUAGACAAGAUAGUGACGAUUACUUAAAGAAAUUAAAAGAUGUCAAGGUAGAAACAAAGAACAUUGUAUUACAAGAUGAAUUAGGCUUAAAUAGAAAAGAUGAUGAAAAUUCGGCAGAUGUGAAUGCUGACAACAGUGACGUUGAUUCCGGUUUUGGCACUGAUGAGGACAUUAAUAAUGUUAUAAAGAAAACGCAAGAGAAAGAUGCAAUAAGUAAAUCAAGUGAAGUUACUAAUCAUACUAAAGUACCCCUUUCCGUGUCUCCACCAAAAGUGAUAUAUUAUUAUCAGCAUGAGCCGUCGAUUGAAAAUGGCCCAUCACCCAGCCCAAUAAAUAAUAAUCAUUGGUCUUCGUAUAAACAACGUCGUGAGCGUUUGGAACGACGUAAACAUGAGCAAAAUCUGUCUACGUGGAACAAUAGGCGCCGUGGAUCAUCGUCAACUGAUGACCCAACAACUUCACCUCCGCCUCAUUUUAAGUCUCAAUUGCCGUCUCACAAACAGAAAAGUUCGCAAUUAAUUUACACACCUCCCAUUUCUACUCCGCCCCCACUUUCAACACCUUCCAACACACUGACAUCACAUAAAUCUCCUGCAGUGUUAAGUACAAGUGACCAAUCUUCUAUAAAGUCUCUUGAGAAAACUCCUAUGAAAGUCACAAGGUCUACUAAGACUAACUUGGGCAAAAUGUUGGCAGGAGUGGUUAUGUUCAAUCGAAGCGUUAAAGUUGGUGGACAAGAUAAUGGUAACAUAUAA